AUGGAGAUUUCUUCUCACCAGUUUCACCUCUUGCAGCAACUGAAUGAGCAGCGCAGGCAGGACUUGUUCUGCGACUGCAAUAUCCUGGUGGAGGGGAAGGUCUUCAAAGCCCAUCGCAAUGUGCUCUUCGCCAGCAGCGGCUAUUUCAAGAUGCUGCUCUCUCAGAGCUCAAAGGAGACGAGCCAGUCGACGACAGCCACAUUCCAGGCGUUUUCUCCCGACACAUUCACGGUUAUCCUGGACUUUGUGUAUUCAGGGAAACUGUCUCUGACGGGUCAGAACGUCAUUGAGGUCAUGUCUGCUGCCAGCUACCUGCAGAUGACCGAUGUUAUCAGUGUGUGUAAAACCUUCAUCAAGUCCUCCCUGGACAUCAGUGAGAAGGAGAAGGAUCGUUACUUCAGUCUGUCAGAUAAAGAUGUCAAUUCGAAUGGUGUGGACCGGUCCUGCUUGUACAGCUCCGGCUGGAGGGCGGAGAGCAGCCCCCCACACUCACACCUGAGCCCAGAGCAAGGGACGUGUAUGAUGGGUGGCAACACGUGGAGUGGUUUCAGCUACUACCCAACCACUCCGAGGAACACCCCACAGCAGCUGUCCAAACACGAGCCACGGCAGGAGACCGGGAAGAAACCCCGGCACCCAGGGCCGCAGCCGCCCUCUGACAUCCUGCACUAUAAGUCCAGCAAGCUGGAGGAGAGGGCAGCUGAGCCCGGCGGGCACAGUGCUCCGGCUGAGGAGCAAGUUCAGAUUGAAGCAGAGGCUGAAUCUCCUCACGUGGGCUACCAGUACGGGCAGGGCUCUGAUGUGAUGCCGAGGAGCCUGGCUGUGCCGCAGCCGGAGCAUGAAUCGCCCCGUUCCUCCAGUAAACUGAAGGCCUCAAAGGCAGAGGAGCAGUACACAAGCAUGCCCUCCAUCCUGGGAGUCAUGGGCAGCUGGGCUGAAGACGAUCUGCCCAGGAUGAGGUUCAAGUGCCCGUUCUGCACUCACGUGGUGAAGAGAAAAGCCGACCUCAAGCGGCACCUGCGGUGCCACACGGGGGAGCGGCCGUACCCCUGCGAGGCGUGUGGGAAGAGGUUCAGCCGGCUGGACCACCUCAGCAGCCACUUCCGAACAAUUCACCAGGCUUGCAAGCCCAUCUGCAGGAAGUGUAAGCGCCACGUGACGGAGCUGACGGGCCAAGUGGUCCAAGAGGGGACGAGGCGUUACAGACUCUGUAACGAGUGCUUGGCUGAAGCUGGCAUAGACAGUAUCCGCAUUGACUUGGAGGCGGAAGCACCCCUGGAAUUCCCACCAGAUGGAGACAAGGAUUCCAGGUGGCACUAUGGGGAAGAUAACAGAUCGGAUGUGGAGAUCGUGGAGGAUGGGUCAACCGACUUGGUCAUUCAGCAAGUUGAUGACAGUGAGGAUGAAGCAGAUGAAAAGGAAGUAAAACCAAACAUUAGGUAGCUGCAAGGCAAGAACUA